ACCAUUCGUCAGACUCUUCAAAGGACAUUGGAGUAUUUUGAGCAUCAAGUUAUAGGUUACAGGGAUGCAGAAAAGAACUUUCACAAUAUAUCGAAUAGAUGCUCCUACACAGACUGCUCUGGCAAUGAGGAAACAGAAGAUGUCUCAGGAAUUCUCCAGUGCACAGCUAAUGUGCUUGGUUUAAAGUUUGAGGAAAUGCAAGAAAAGUUUGGGGAAGAAUUCUUCAAUAUCUGCUUUGAUGAGAAUGAGAGAGUUCUUCGAGCUGUAGGUGGGACCCUCCAAGACUUCUUCAAUGGCUUUGAUGCUUUACUGGAGCACAUUAGAACUUCAUUUGGAAGACAGGCCACCCUAGAAUCCCCUUCUUUCCUAUGCAAAGAGCUCACCGACGGCAACCUCAUGCUUCAUUACUUUCACCCACAUCAUAUUGUGGGAUUUGCAAUGAUGGGAAUGAUAAAGGCGGCAGCAAAGAAAAUUUACCGCUUGGAAGUGGAAGUAGAGCAGGUUACUAGUGAUAAACUGUGUUCAGAGGGGACAAACCCAGGUAACUGUAGCUGUCUGACUUUCCUUAUCAAGGAACAYGAAAAUGCAAAUAUCACAAAAACACUUCCACCAGGAACAUCCCAUUCCCCCUUGGACCUGAGGAUCAGCAUCAGCACCUUCUGCAGAGCUUUCCCCUUCCACCUGAUGUUUGAUCCAAACAUGUUGAUUCUGCAGCUUGGAGAAGGUCUUAGGAAGCAGCUCAGAUGUGACACUCAUAAAACACUGAAAUUCCAGGACUGCUUUGACAUAGUUUCUCCUAAGGUCAGUGCCACGUUUGAACGAGUCCUCAUGAGAUUAUCUACUCCUUUUGUGAUUCGGACCAAACUUGAGGAUUCUGGCUCUGAGAAUAAAGAUAAGGUGAUGGAAGUUAAAGGACAAAUGAUUCAUGUGCCUGAGUCAAAUUCAAUUUUGUUUCUGGGUUCUCCCUGCGUGGACAAGCUGGACGAACUGAUGGGCCGAGGCCUUCACCUUUCAGACAUUCCCAUCCACGAUGCUACUCGUGACGUCAUAUUGGUUGGGGAGCAAGCAAAGGCCCAAGAUGGCUUGAAAAAACGUAUGGAUAAGCUGAAAGCCACACUAGAAUGCACACACCAAGCCCUGGAAGAGGAGAAGAAGAAGACAGUUGAUCUCCUGAUUUCCAUUUUCCCAGAGGAAGUGGCCCAGCAGCUGUGGCAGGGGCAGCAAGUCCAGGCGAGGAAGUUUGAUGAUGUCACGAUGCUCUUCUCGGACAUCGUGGGCUUCACUGCCAUCUGCGCUCAGUGCACCCCCAUGCAGGUCAUCAGCAUGCUCAAUGAGCUCUACACGCGCUUCGACCAUCAGUGUGGCUUCCUGGACAUCUACAAGGUGGAAACAAUAGGUGAUGCAUACUGUGUGGCAGCAGGGCUGCACAAGAAAAGCCUUAGUCAUGCKAAAGCCAUCGCCCUGAUGGCACUGAAGAUGAUGGAGCUUUCAGAAGAGGUUCUCACACCGGAUGGGAGCCCUAUUAAGAUGAGGAUAGGCAUUCACUCAGGAUCAGUUCUGGCUGGUGUCGUUGGUGUAAGAAUGCCACGGUAUUGUCUCUUUGGGAACAACGUCACUCUUGCAAGCAAGUUCGAGUCAGGAAGUCACCCACGUCGCAUCAAUGUCAGUCCAACCACAUACCAGCUCUUAAAAAAGGAAGAAAACUUUAUUUUUAUCCCUCGUUCCCGUGAAGAGCUUCCAGAAAACUUUCCAAAGGAAAUUCCUGGGAUCUGUUACUUCCUUGAGGUCAGAAGUGGUCAGAAGCAGCCAAAAUCCUCAAUCUCUUCGGCCAGAGUGAGAAAGGUUUCUUACAACAUUGGCACCAUGUUCCUCCGGGAGACUAGCCUAUGAGGCCUGCUGCAGAUCAAAGACUCAUCAAAAAAGCACAAGCCCAGACCUGGGUCAUGACAGGGGAGCUGGAGGUCCUUUCUAUUUCACUGCCUUGUUCUGAGCAAGCAGUAAGAGUUCCAUGUAACGUCAGGCAAUAAUCACUUUGAAAGGUGGGUGACUGCUGCCAAUAAACAAAGUGGAGAGGGAAAAAUGUAACUACACAAUGUACUUCCACUUCCAGAGGAAUUUUGUUCAUAAAUUUCAGUCUGGCCCCUUUAUAACAAACAAAAAACAACCCUUGACAUCAAGGUUGGUUUUGUUUUGUUCAGAAAUGGUGAUCGUUCUCUGUAGAUUUGCACCAGCUAAGCAGAAUUGAGAGUCAGUUCUGAUUAUGCAUUCCUACAUUCAAUGUGUUCUUCAGUAAUUUAAUGGUGUUUUUUAACUUUAUGAACAAACAUUUCAUACAUAUACUGUAGAGUUGCUGUAACCUUCCUGGCAGGAGGAAUUAUAAUUCAGUACAAAUACUGUAGGGAUUUUACCUAUUUUUAUACAUAUUUCACUUUCUGGACAAUUACAUUCCACAUACUGUAAGUUGAGUGAGCUUAGAUAGCUUUUCAGAAAGCUCCUGUAUAUUUCAUAUAUUCUACCUAUCAAAGCUUAUUGUUAUACAAGUGGGAAGACGUCAUUUUUCUGUCUUUUUUUGGCACCAACAAUAUCAAUAUUUAAUGGAAGAAAACCUUUUGCUUAAUCUCUUUAGCUGAUGUUCAUGCUAAAGCUUUAGGUGAGCAUUAUCUUGCUUAUAUAAAGUAAUGUUUAGUAUUCAUCCUCCACUGCUGUGUUUUCAGUCUUUCCAAGAAAAGGUAAACACAGGAUAAAGGAUCARUGUAUUGACAGGAGAGAGAGGAAAAAAAAUCAUUUCCAUUGGGACUGGCUUCACAUCAAAUUAUCAAUCAAAUUGAUUUUUGGUAGAAGUCCUGGACMUGGACUUUUAUGAAAAAAAAAAUAACGUGAAGAGUUCUUCAGGGAGAGUCUGAAACUGACAUUGGAAACUCUCUGGAUACUGCAUUUCCCCAGUUCUUAAUGGGACAUAUGCUCCUACACCACUUGUCUGUUAAUAAUGCUCAUCUGGAAGUUUCCUCUGUUGCUGCACUGGCUGAAAGGUCCUCUGUGUUAUAUGAUGUAAACUAGAAACUGCUGAAAAGAGGGGAGCAAAGGAGAGGGAUUUAAUGAAAAUGACAAUUCAAAUUUUAGAUGAGUCUAUGUCAAUAAAAAUGAAAGGCUAAUUCUUUGCUGGUUGAAAUUCGUAAAAUUUUAUUGUCCUUGAUUACUGUUGAAACAAGGUCUGGAUCUAGAUUUAUCUACUGAUCCUCCAUGAGGCACAUUUUCAGUCAGUGUUUAUGUCUCAGGUUUUUAUUUUUAAAAAUAAUACUGUUUAGUUCUCCCCUGGGUGUCCUAUUUCAGCAGGCCAAUAUUGUUCUGSCCUUGCAUUAAGCAGCUUAUUAGUUAAAAUUCAGAAGCAGCAUGGUUUUAAAUGSGCCUGAUCAAAGCUCAGUGAAAUCAAAGAUCUCAACAGCACUAGGAGGCAUGAGAAGCUCAGUAUUGUACAAUCCACAUUGGAGGUGAGAAAUUAGAGGUUUACUUAUGGAUUUAGUAGUCAUAACUUGAGGCAGCUUUUAAAACUAAGUAAAUAAUGUUCACCAUGUAUUCAAAUUAUCUGUUACAUSUUUUGUGGAGGAAAGACAGUGUGUAGUUCUCCCUUCUGACAAUAUUUCAUGUGGGAAUGAGCRAGCGCAACAUUCCUGAGAGAGUUUCAGGCUUCCUUUCCAUGAAGCCUGACUGGAUGUGAGAGAACCACCUUGAACCCGCAGAGACAUCAGCAUUUAGAUUAAAUUAUGCAGGUUUUCUUGCUUGAAAAGAGUAGCUGUAUAGGACUUAGUCCAGAAUAUUACUUAAAUGGGAUCUUCCUUGCCUUCUAGAGGAAAACUAGUUUAAUGAUUCUUCKGAUGCAUAUCAGAGCAUCUGAGGACUGCAGGAUUUCACCUUCUGUCUGCUUUGGUGAUAAAGGCUUUUGCAGCUCUGUUGUCCAGAAGAAAAAAAAAGACUUGGUGAAGACUCCAAGCUUGAGGUGGCAGAAUUUCCAUCCAAACUGCAACUCUGAGAUUUUUAUGCACGGUAGGACAAGUUUUAGCCAUUAAUUUGCAGAUGCACAGGAUGUAGCAUGCAUUUUUUUUCUAGGGAACACUAAUGACACAUGCAAGAAUCAUGAAUGGAGCAAAGCCUAAUUUCUCAGAGAGCAAAUUAUUCUAAAAGGCAUUAGUAUUUUGAGAUUUCCUUUGGAUUUCACUCGCAUCCUAAUUGUGCAAUAGGUGUUGGUGUCAGAUUACUAAUCUCAGUGGCCAAACCCUAUUUUACCUCACACCACCUACAGUCCUCCCUGAAGAGAAUGUAGAGAUUCAGACCAAAACUUUGUAGCUCAAUAUCUGUCUCUCUCAACUGUCUCUCAAUAUCUGUCUCUCUCAACUGUCUCUCACAGUUGCCAAAAACAAAGUAUCUAGAUUAAUCUUAGUGGAUGCAGGGAAACAUUUUCAUGAUAAAUGAAGGAACAGUCAAUCCAAUUCCACUAGCAAAUGCCAUCCAGAAAUUAGGAGAAGCAUCUCCUCUUGUCUGCUCUCAAGUGACUAAUUUAUACUGUAAGGGGAAGUAUAAUCACAGAGAUCAAUGCAAAAACUAAAAAUUGGUGUUAGCAUCACCAUGGAGACAAUGGCAGUGUUUGCAAAUAAACUAGCUAACUCCUUGAAUUAGACUAAAUUAACUGUAUAAGAAAACACAAGCUUUGCUUUUCAUAAGCUUCUGUAAAGGUAACAUGCCCAAAACUUCAGCACUGAUGCUAAGUAUUGUGUUAUUUGCUUCUAUGUUAUGACAAGUGAAGUUAAUAAAAAGCUAUGGGUUCUCUAGAGACGUUUUUUCCUAGCUCAUCAUGAAAGAAAGUGUGAAACAUUCUCAGCACUAUUUACCUUAGUAGCUGUGUCUGCUGUGUAUAAUAUUAGGUUACAAAUAUAUUUUUUUGGACAACUUUAUGAAGUAAAAUGAAAUUUAUUAGCAAGAUUGAUGCUGUGAAGUCAGUUAGAUGCUAGUUA